AUGCCGUUCAACUAUGGCUUCCUCAGCCAUAGCGACCCGCUGGCAUUCGACCCGAACAACUAUGUUCUCACCACCAAUGGUUUCGGUCUCUUUUUGACCCAAGUCAUCAUCAUCAUCGUCUUCUGCCAGCUGCUCGGCAAGCUCUUCAAAUUGAUUGGUCAGCCAGCAGUAGUUGGCGAGCUGCUAGCUGGUAUUCUGCUUGGGCCUACUGCUCUUGGCAACAUCCCCGGCUUUACCAGCACCAUCGUCCCCACACAGGCCUUGGGUCUGCUCAAGCUGAUGGCCAACAUUGGCCUGUCACUAUUCCUGUUUCUUAUUGGUCUCGAGACCGACACCGAUCUCAUGGCCAAAUACUGGCAAAAGGUAUUGCUCAUCACAUUACCAGGCAUGGCCAUUCCGUUCAGCAUUGCUGUUGGUAUCGCGAGAUUGAUCUGGCAGCUCGAAACCGACCAAACCGUCCAGUUUACCACGUUUUUCCUUUUUGUGGGCACGGUGAUGGCCGUCACGUCGCUCUCGGUGCUGUCGCGCAUCAUGGCCGAGAUGAACAUCCUGAGCACUCGCCUGGGCUGCAUCACCAUCGCCUCGGGCGUAUGCAACGACCUGAUCGGCUACGUUUUGCUCGCCUUGGGAUCGGCUCUAGGAACUGGAGGAAAGCAGAUCGAUGCUCUCUACCAGCUGCUUGCAGCUGCGGGCUACAUUCUGGUCCUUUGGUUUGUCUUUCGCCCGCUGAUGAAUCAUCUUAUCGUUCGAAGCGGCUUCGACAUGACGACAGGAGCCGAAGACCGUGUUCCGGAGCACUUGCUUGUCAUAGCGCUCUGCGGUACGCUUGUCAGCGCCUUCUAUACCGAUUCGAUGGGCGUUCAUCCAAUCGUAGGUGCCUUUAGCUUCGGAGUGUGUUGCCCACACGGCAACUUUGCAGUCAAGGUUACCGAAAGCAUCGAGACGCUGGUAAUGAUGGUACUUCUUCCACUCUACUUUGUCACAAGUGGUCUCAGCACCAACUUCAAGCUUCUCAACGAUGCAACCUGUUGGGGUCUCAUCUUGCUACUCCUCGUCGGUAUCUUUGUCAGCAAGUUUGGUGCCACUGCAGCUUCUGCCAAGCUUGCCGGGAUGACUUGGCGUGAAUCCAUGUGCGUAGCAAGUCUCAUGCAGAGCAAGGGCAUCAUCGAAAUCAUCAUCCUCAACGUGGCACUUCAACUCAAUGUUGUGAGUGCGAAGGUGUUUGCCAUGCUCGUCAUUUGCUUCCUGUGUACCACCAUGUCGGUGCGGCCGCUGUCGAGAUACGUCUACUUUUCCAGCCUCGCUCAGCAGGAAGCAGCAGUUGAUGCCCAAGGCGAAAAAGAAAAGUAUGUAAACGACAAAGACGGCACAUCUGACGAGUCCAGAUCGGGUGACGAUGUCGACUCGGCUGAUUUUGCAGUCACUGUUGCUAUCGCCUCGCCAAGUCCAGCAAUAAAGACCCUUAUGUUCCUCCUCCACUUGCUGGGACAGCACUACUCGGCGCCAAACGUAUCACAAGGCGGCACGGAUAUGGGUGAGAAUGCGUCGGGACAGAUCUCUGUCGACCUGCUUCGCUUGUUGCCGAUAGAAUACACGACAUCAUCUAUCAUGCAGCUCAUCAAUUACUCGGAAGAGCGUCAUCGUGACGAGAUGAUGGAAAGUUUGAAGAUGGUCCAGAAACUUUGCAAGGUGCCUUCGUCGGCGAUGCUGGCAAGAGAACGUAAGCUGGACCAUUAUACAGCAACCAUGACGACACCGCGCGCGAAGAGCGAUGCUGAUGCUGCUUAUUCGGCUCCUCCAGAUACCUUUAUCGUGCCUCGACACGAAAUGAUCAAGACAAUCGGACAGCAGAAUGCGAGAGCGCAACAACGACUUGGAAAGUCUGACGCGAUGUUGUCCGAGCUUGGACGCGGUAUGGCACUGGUUGCAUGGGAGUCGCUCAACUCGUACGGUCGAGGUCUCUCGUGGCUCGGCGCAGCAGCAGCUGCCAGUGGGCUUUCGUUCGUAAAGACGCACGACGACGAGGAUGCCAGCGUCAGCUUCUGGCAAGCAAGUUCCGAUGCUCAGUCGCUCCCUUCUCGGCUUUUCCGCAACCUGCGCAAGCAGUGCGCCACCGGCGUGUUGCUGGAUCUGAGCUUGACGCGGCCAUCGACAGAGCCUCGUGAUGAAAAGGCUUUGGAAGCUUUGCGACGUCAGCUUGAGGACAGCCAUGGCCUACAGAGACCACCUGGCUCACGAAGAAUCAUUGUGCCCUUCUUCGGAGGUGCCGAUGAUCGGGCAGCCGUAGAGCUUCUGCGAAGGAUGGUGCUCAACUCGCCCGGAAGUGUUCAGGGAUUGGUCAUCACGUUUGCGAAUACAGGCGAUGAAGAGGUCGGUGCGGUUGCUGCGUCGGCAACCCCAACUACGCUGUUACCGUCCUCAUUUACUGUGGACCCCUUGACAACCGACGACGCGCACAUCCGUUCUAUCAAUCUUGAGACCAUUCACCAACAGGAAGCCGCACGCGUGGACGCUCGAUUCUUGUUCCACCAGCAAGACGCAUCGAAUGCAGCUGCCACGGUCAAAUCGAUACCAGAUGAUUUUGUGGCAGCGGCUGCCUGCCACACGGACCGAGCCGGUCUCGGAUCGAGCUGCUCUCAGUGGGAAGACGAGAGACGCACCAAGCCUUCGAAAACGCAUGGGACUACAGAAGCAUGUACCGACUCGGGGAUUGUGUUUCUCACGCUGGCAUCGACACCGGAAUGCACGAGCAGGCCGAUCCGUACCAUGUGUACGGUACUGUUGCCGUUGCUCGACGAGCGACAGGACAUGGUCUUGAUCGGCAGAGGAAAGUGGAACCAACGACCCAAGCAGUUCCGUCAAGAAGUGGAGAGCAUGCAUGUCGAGCAUGCAUCAGCUGCUUGGACGCUUGCUGAAGAGCUGCGAGAAGAAUACCGUGCUGUCGGCAACUGCCUGGGCGCUGUCACCGAAGGGGUGCUCUUGCAGCAUCUAAGAUCGUGUGCCAUUGUCGUGCAGGCCUUUCAGCGAUGA